UAUGGAAUCGAGCCCAGCUAGCCCCCACAAAGACACCGGGCACCAAAGAAUCGCACCUCGGACGCUCGGAUACUCAUCCUCAAAUGGCGGAGUGUCGCCCAGCGCACUCACACCUGUCACCUGCCAAGCGCCGGGCCAGCCCCCUCUCUCCCUCCCUCCCUCCCUCCCUCCCUUCCGCAGCCAGGCGAGCCCGCUGGCAGCUCCCGCCCCUCCACGGGCCGCCGCAGCCGUCCGAUCCCUCCCCGCGCCGGGAAGCUCCAGCGGCUCGCGAAGGAAAAUAAGUUUCCAUCUCUCGCUGGACGUCCCGCUGCGCGACGGCUUCCCGUGCCUUCGCUGCUUUCCCACCCCGCCCCAGCACGCCGGGAUGAGCGGGGUGCCGGGGCUGCUCCCUCCCCGCGCCCAGGCCUUCCCUGCCUUCUUCACCCUGGCACAGCGCGGGGCGGCUGCGGGAGAGCCGGACCCCCCGCCCCCGCGCCUCUCCCCGCAGCCCCCCGGGAAUGGGACCACAAAACCAGCCCAGGAAGCCGCCGCCGGGCCCGUCCGGCGGGGUCAGCCUUACCCCGCUGCCGCUUCUCCUCCUCCUCCUCCGUCUCCUCCUCCUCCGCCGCCUCCCCCACCACCACGGCGGCAGCCGCCGCCACUACCGCCGCUGCUGCCGCCACCAGCGCCGCCGCCUCCGCCCGGCAGGGGGGACCCCGCCGACCCGGCCCGCUCCGCAGCCUCCCGCCGCCGCCGUUCCGCUCCGGGGGGUGAGGAGGGGGCGGAGGAGGAGGAAGAGGAGGGAGAAAGGAGGGCAGGGGGGUCCGUGCUGCCGCGCGGGCGGCGGGGCGGGCCGGUGUGCGGGUGCGUGUGCGUGCGUGCGCGUGCGUGGGUGCGUGUGCGGGUGCGUGCGGUGGCUGUGGCGGCGCCGCUCCCGCUCCUCCGGAGCCGCCGCUGGGGCCGCGCGCCGCUCCCGGCCCCCUCCCCCCGCGCUCGCUGCGCUCCGAAUCAAAAUAGAGACACAAUAUGGCGGCGGCGGCCGCAGCAUCGCGAGACCCGGCCCGCGAGCGCUAACGGGGUGGCGGCGCGCGCCAAUGGGCGCCGGGGCGGGGCGGGGGAUGAGGGGGCGGGGCCUCCCCGGCACCGCCCUCAGGGUGGGGCCGCCCCCUCACCGCUCCCGGGACACCGGGAUACCGGGGGGCGCGGGCACCCGCCCCCCACCUCGGCCCCGCCUCGGCCCCGCCUCGCCACACCGGCUGCGGUCACCGCUUCGGUGGGCGGCGGUGGCGGAGUUGCUAAAACAGGGAUUUGCCAUAGGAAAGUCAAAGACCAUCUCUCACUGUGCCAUCACCAGUAUUUACUGCAACGCUUAAGCACUGGGAUCAUGUGAGUGAGCUGCACCGUCCCUUCCCCGUCCCUUCCCCCCUUUUCCAGACUCCUCGCACUGCAUCUACGUCUGAGCCCAUUGCUAAAGUUGCUCAUCUCUCCUCUACAGCAGCUAAGCUUGAGUCAUUUUUUAACACCUUUCCAAAAUCAAAGAACAACUAUUUAGGAAAUUAGUGUUUUGUACUGAAAUUCAGAAAUUAACUGUUUUCCUAUGUAUCCGAAACAUGAACUAAGCAGAUCUAUCUCAUAAUAAAUUCUGGGUGUAAUUCUUAUCAUGGUGUAAAUCAAAGCUCAGUCAUCAGUGAGCCACAGGAAUCAGAGCCUUGCUUCUUUCCCUGAAGAUUUUAGGUAUUAUCCAUUUUUUUUGCCAUAACAGGUAUGAGUUCAUGUUUUUUAAACCUUCAUCAGACUGUUUAUAUUAUUCACUGCUAGAAAAUGACAUUUUAAAUAGGAUUGGGGAAUUAUUCUAAGCAUAUGGUACACAAACUGUUUCUCCAAAGUACAGUCAAUUUUUUCAGCUUGGUACUGACAUUUCUGAUGCUGAAAUUUCCUUAGAAUGCUUUUUAGAGAAGGUAAGAGGACAAGUCCAGUUAAAACCAAUCCACAACAACUGGCACAAUUAUUUCUGAAAUUGAGUUUAAAAUUAGUUUUCCACAAUGGAAAAAGGUGGCAUUGGCAAUUUUAAAGACACUUUUCCUUGAAACAUUCAAUUGAUAAUUUAUUUUUUGUUCUUCUAAACAGGAGGACUGUCAGUCUUCAGGGUGAUAAAAACAGAGGUAGCAAUCACUGGCCCAGGACAGUCCUUGGAAGCUCCCAGUGGGAGGUUACAACCACAGCUUCUCCAGUAAAAACAAUUAUAAUUUAGAUAAAUAAAAUGACAAAGAAAUACAGAAACUCACCUUAUUUCACGUGAAACUUCAUGCAUUGUACUUCUGUUCUAUGUAGAAGUUGUCAGCUGUGUGCCAUGGUGCAAUAAUUUGACCAGCCUGCUGUAGAGAAGUGGACAAUGCUGGAUUCAGAAGUAAAUUCAAGGGCCACAUCUCAGCAUAAAGCCAAAGUUGUGAUGAAUGCAUAGCUUUGCUUAAAUGAAAGUGCUCAACACUUGUCUCUCCCAUUCCACUAUGAGGGCUUAUACUAUACAACAGCUAUUAAAAAAAACCCUUUUUUUGCAGUGUAGGAAUAAUCCAGAUAUUUGUGUUUGUUUGGAGGGAGUCUGUUGAAAACUGUAUUGUCAGUAUUCUAGUUUACCAUUUUUUCUUUCUGUUUUAAAUGUCGGUAUAGUUCUGGUUUAAAAAACAAACUGAACUCCAGUCAGUCUUCUUUAAUCAGAAACAUCAGCUCUAGGAGCUCCGAAUUUAAGAACAGUAUUAAAAUAACAAACAAGUAUAAUCAUUUAGGUAGACAAAAUGUUUUGUUAAAGAAAUGGGUUUCAGAACAAAUUAUUCAAAUACUAUAGUGAACUCCAAUUGCUUAAAUAGCUCAUGUGUGCAGUUACGAAAAGCUGUUGUGCUCUGAUGUUUUUCUUUCUAAUCCACAGUACACCAACAGCUCUGUUAUCACUGCUGAGACUCCCUGGUUUUCCAGGUUGUUUCUGUGCUAUCUUCAAGAUAGCACCAGCUUUUUCACCUCCUAACAGCUCAUCUAUUUAGGAGCAGAGCGUAAACAUGACAUUUGAGAUAAAGAUGUGAUUAAGAGGUGCCUUAGUAGUUCAUGAGUUCUAGCAGCUUCACAAGAUUUGGAAAAGGCCUCUGCUGAAGGAAAAUCCAUUGAGACAGACUACCCAAGCUUUUCAAUUUUAAAAGCAUAGUGAUCUGUGUUACAGUGAAGCAUUAUUGUAGACUAUGUAUUCAUCUGACAUGCAAAAAUAGUAUGUUUUUGGAGACUUGUUAAGAUAUUUUUUUAAUAUCUUAAAAAACCCACAUUCAUUUAUAUUGAUCAUGAGUGUCUUUGAAGAAUGUUUACACUUGAAGGAAAAUAUCUUAGCCUAGCCAGAGCAAUUCUGAAGUUUUCUCAAUAAUUGUUUUAGAACUGGGAGAGACUGCCAUAUUAAAUCAAUCUUUUGAGUAAGUUGGAAGAAGUGCAUCCUUGACAGCAUUAACAACUUACAGAUAUUUCAGUGCUCUCACUAGGAGAAUUAAAAAUGUAUGAAUAAAAGCUUAUACAUGAUUAUAUGACAUACAGUUGACUCAAUAUCUACUAGGAAGACAAAUUCAGUAUUAUUUAAUGCUACCAUACACCUUUUUUAGGAAACUAUUUUAUGAUAACUCAGUGACAUAAAAUAUAGAAAGCCGAGAGGCUUCACUAUACUUCAGUAUAAAUACAGAUUAUGUUUCUUCCCAAAUCCACUGUUUCCUAUGCUUUGUGGGAAAUUGAGUAGAAAGUAAUGAUAAAAAUUAAUUUCCACUUUUUUUUAGGAUUUAUAUAAUACCAGUAUAUAGUUGCUGCAUAUCUUUAGGGUCUUGAUCAGAAAACACAUUUAGUCUCUUGCUAAAGUCCAUCUUUAUUUGGGAUACCUUUCAAUCGCUUGCUUAAACUUUAUGCUGUGUUGAAACCUGAGAUGAAGAAUGGACUUAAGUGUUUCUGGACAGGUAUAACUUGCUGAUUUGAGACAGGAAACCUACCUUGAAGUCCAAACAAAUGACUUCCCUAUUCCAGAUACAAAUCAGGCACAAAUGUUUUCAUAGUAAAAACCCUUGCAGAAUGUCUUAAUAGCUCUUUCUGUUUCCAGCUACUGAUUUUAACCUCUUCUGUCUCGGUGACUUCAGCCAAAUACACAUUUUGUAAAUGUGAGAGUGAGGGUGCAAACUGCAAUAUACUUAAUCUUAUUAUAUAUGUUAACACAGAAGGUGCAAUAAUUAUAUUGUGUUUAAAUUUCCCCAAAUGUGCAGGAGGUUAUUGGUAAAUGGGCAAUAUAUUUUAAAAAAUAACCCAAAGUACUCUCUAAACCUAAAUGUUUCACACUAUUAGAUUUCUCCAUCUUCUUCUGGCCUUCUGCCCCAUCGCUGUGAUUACUUUAACUCCUCACCCAAUAAUAAAACUCUGAACAAAUCCUGUGCCUGCUAUUAAGUAAAAUUAAAAUUCAGUACAUAUUCUCUGCAUUCUUUCUUCUCUUCAGCUGCAGCACUUGACAACUUGCAUGGUACAAAUGAAACACACAAGGCCUUUAAGCCAUCUCAUAUUAAAAAAAAGAUAACUUGGAGCUUUCUAAUGCUAAUAUGUACUAGACAGAGUAAAUUUUGAAGAAGAGGCAUACUGAGUCCUCCGUUUCUGUGGAAAAUUCACUGGUCUAACAAAACAGAAUCAGCCAUAUGAGCUUAUAUACGCACUGUGCUGGCUUGUUUCCUUCUGGGUCUUAUACAAGCCCUUGUAAGGAGAAGACAGCUCAGAUUUCAGGUCUACUCUGUCCUAUGUCCAUUUGAGAUUGCCAGCAGAAACGAAAAUUGCAGGAAUACAUUUCACUGUGUAAUGAGUUGUGCUCCAGCUACUGUGUCAGAAUCAUCAAGUUCCUGUUCUACUUGUGUGACUUUCAGGUUCCAAGCUGAGCUAUGUUUCAGUCAUAAUCUCCCAUGGUUUUACCUUUCUGUGGGAAAAGAUCACUUGUAUGUACCCACAGUUAAAAAUGUCUCAGUAUCACAGAGCAAAACAGUAAGAAACAUUGAAAUUCCAACUCAUCAGAUCACUAGAAUUAAGAAAGGUCAUCUCUUUGACAAGGUAAAAUUCUUGAUACAACUGGGAAAACCAAUACAGAAAAUAAGGUGGCAUCACGGCUGUUUUCAGCUACUACAAUGUUAUUGUAGAGGUAGAAGAGGAAAUUGUGAGGCUUUGGUUAGAAGAUACAUGACAUACUUAUUUAAAGGAAUGCAUUGACGUCUAAAAAUUUUAGUGUUCAGUUGUUGGUACUUUUUUCUUCUCAAGCUCCUCUGAUAAAUAACAAAUUACCUUAAAACUCUGCAGAACUCUGUUCUUCCAUCAGGAGGGCACCCAUUCUGUGAAACACACACAGCCCUCCAGAUCAUAACCCAGAAACUAUAACCUCAGCUAAGCCAAACACAAAUUUGUACUUAGAUUUAGGCAUAGGAAAGUUCCGUUGGCUUUACUCACCCGCUUAAAAUUAAGCAUAUGUUUUAGCACUUUACUGGAUUAGGGCCCAUGUCAGCAAAAUAAAUUUCUUGGGAAGAAGUAAUAAAAACGUAGCUUGCAGUGAGGGACAGCAGAGCCAUUCACAGCUACAGAAGCUUUAAAACACUAGCUGGUAUUUAUAUAUUUAAAGAACAAAUCAGGCGUUAAACAAAACAUUUUAGAUAGCUAACUAAUUAGUCUCCUACAGAAGCACCUUCUUUUUUUUUUUAAUUUGAUGAAAAACAUUUUUUGCAUGCUUGCAUUCCCAAAAGCAAAUUAAUUUACACAUCAAGGAAAAAAGUGUUUAGCAAGCACAAGCUUCAAAAGCAAUUUUCCCACUGUUUAGUAACAGCCUGGCUGUUCUAGAUAUACCAUUACAUUCCCUGGAGAAGAGGAUAGACAGGGGGCCAAGCUUUUUAAACACAAAGUUUCAUUUCACAUAUGCACCUGAAUUUGCUCAUUCGAGUGUAUAUAAUUGCAUAUGUACAAUAAAUGUCAGUUAACUAA